AAAACGUGCAUUUGACCGUAUGAUACAGCGAUGAAUCUAGAAUUGCUUGAAUCGUUCGGCCAAAACUACCCGGAAGAAUUCGAUGGCUCGCUGGAUUGCAUAUCGUUGGCGGUAACGUGCGCUUUCAACAAGUACGGUACCUUGCUGGCCGUAGGUUGCAACGAUGGGCGAGUGGUGAUUUGGGACUUUUUAACGCGCGGCAUCGCAAAGAUCAUUUCUGCCCACGUGCAUCCGGUGUGUAGUUUGUGUUGGUCACGGAACGGGCAUAAGCUACUGUCCGCUUCCACCGACAACAACGUAUGCAUCUGGGACGUGCUGAGCGGCGACUGUGAGCAGAAGUACCGAUUUCCAUCACCGAUACUGAAGGUACAGUUCCAUCCGCGAAAUGAUAACAAAUUCCUGGUCUGUCCGAUGCGGUAUGCCGCGAUCUUGGUGGAUGUCGGUGGCAAACACGAGUGUCUACCGUUGGAUAAUGAUGGUGAUUUGAACAUUGUCGCCGCGUUUGAUCGUCGAGGGGAACACAUCUACACAGGCAACGCAAAGGGGAAAAUACUCGUUCUGAAUGCCAAUACGCUCGAAAUAGUCGCCAGCUUUAAGAUCGUAUUGGGCAGCUCGAGUGUGACAGCUGUUAAGAGCAUAGAGUUUGCCCGACGAGGAGAGGCAUUUUUGGUGAAUACUUCCGAUCGUGUCAUACGAGUGUACGAUUCCAAGGAGGUGGUUACGUGCGGGAAGGAUGGCGAACCCGAACCGAUACAGAAGUUACAGGAUCUGGUUAACAAGACAACAUGGAAAAAGUGUUGCUUUUCGGGCGAUGGUGAAUAUAUUUGUGCCGGCAGUGCUCGCCAGCACGCACUCUACGUGUGGGAGAAAUCGAUCGGUAAUCUGGUAAAAAUUCUGCACGGAACCAAGGGUGAGCUGUUGCUGGACGUUGUGUGGCAUCCGGUUCGACCGAUCAUUGCCAGUAUCAGCUCGGGGCUAGUGUCGAUCUGGGCACAGAAUCAGGUCGAAAAUUGGUCCGCAUUUGCGCCCGAUUUUAAAGAGCUGGACGAAAACGUUGAGUAUGAGGAGCGGGAAUCCGAGUUUGACAUCACGGAUGAGGACAAAUCGGUCGAUCUGGCGGCGGAAUCGAAACAAGACGAAGAAGUGGAGGUGGACGUAGUGUCCGCCGAACCGAUUGCCGCAUUCUGCAGCUCCGAUGAAGAGUAUGAGGAUGAGCACGCGUUACAAUUUCUACCGAUGGCACCGGAAGUGGAAGAUCCCGAAGAUGGGUGGGGUUCGCAGGAUAACGAUACGCUUGGUGGUGGGUUUGGUGCUUCAGUUGGUGGACUAGGCGGUGGCGGCGUGGGUGGUGGUGGUCCGGAUUCAAUGAAAGAAAACGACCCGAUGGUGAAAAAGCGCAAAAUGAGCCAAUACGAGAUCGCGCUCGAUAAUGCACCGAUCGAUGAUGUGCAUCCACUGUUGCAGAACAAAACGAACAAAGACAAACAGUCGACUACGAGCAAGAAAGCAGCCGGCCGUCCGCGAAAAUGA